GAUCAUCGCCGUCAGGGCAAACAUUCACUCAACAACAACCACCAAUCCAUUCGGUACAAUGGUCAGAAGAAAGAGAUCUACUCCUUCUACUGCUACUGGCGCUUCUACUUCUGCUCCUAGCAGUACUACCGCCACUCUAGCCGGAACUUCUAUUACCCCUCCUCUCCCUCGUGCACCCCAGCAGACUCCCGAAUCUUCUCACUCGCCCCUCAAUUUUCAGGUGAUAACUGGAUCCUAUGACAAGAUCCUUCACGGCUUCAUAGUAUCAAUUCCCUCCUCCCAGUCAUCCUCUACCUCCCCCGCAUCCCCAACUCCAAAAGAAAAUGACGCAAUUUCGCUGCCGGCAACCUUUACCGAUUCCUUCCUCUUCACCGCUCACACAGCGCCUAUUCGCACCCUAACAAUCUCGCCACCAUCGGCGAACGCUUUGCAGAAGCGUAUUCUCGCUACCUCCUCGUCAGACGAGCACAUAAACCUUUACACCCUAUCGUCCGCCCUGCCACCGAUAAACUCUCAAAAACUGAAAAAGGCAACCUCGACUCUAAUCGCAAGCAAUCCCAAAAACAAAAACCUGGGAAUACUGUCUCACCAUCUCAACACUCCAACUGCUAUAGUGUUCACUCCUAACCGGUCAAAAAUUAUCACCGCAGGGUUAGAUGCUCAGAUUCAUAUUCUCCGAACCCGGGAUUGGGCACCGCUAUCGAUGCUAAAAUGCCCGAAACCCAAAUCCAGACCAAUCAACUAUGCAGCCGAUUACGGAGAUGGAUAUGGCCCAAGGAUCGACGCGUUCAAUCCCGAGGCAACCUAUGGCGGUGGCGCCGGAGGUGUAAAUGAUAUUGCCCUUCACCCAUCUCAAAAGAUCCUCCUCUCAGUUGGCAAGAAUACACUGCAAGUCCGGAUGUGGAACUUGAUGACAGGUCGUAAAGCCGGAGUACUGGCCUUAAGCAAAGAAGUUGUUCCCCCGAUAUUUGGUAGCGAAGGAAUGAAGGUAGAAUGGAGCAAAACUGGAGAAGAGUAUGCAAUCGCGUUUGAACGCGGUGUGGUGGUCUUCGGGAUGGACUCCAAGCCGAAAAGCCGAAUUCGGACAGCACCCAUAUCCAAGGUUCACCAGAUUCGGUACAUCGACUUACCUACCGCCAUCACGCGGAACAAGAGGGAUACUGAGGAGGAGGAAGUACUGGCAAUUUCUACCGAGGAUGGGAGAGUGUUAUUCUAUUCCACUACCGAUCCAGAAUCUCUAGAUUCUCCAAACCUGAUUGGUUUCCUCGGCGGGAGGUCUAUUGGCAUGCCUGGCCGGGUGAAAGACUUUAACGUGAUUACCGUCAAGGGCAAUUUCCACCUCGUCACUGGCGGAACCGAUGGGGUGGUGCGAAUCUGGGAUCUCGGCGGGGGCUCGGAGAAGGACAUUCACGAGAUGAAAAAGGUUCGGGUCGACGGCGGAGAAGGAAGACAGAUUGGUUGCUUGGUCGGAAUUUAUGAGACUGAGCGCCGGAUCACUUGUCUGGGUGUUAUGGAGAUGGGCGGUGAGGGCAUUGAGGAGGAAGAAGAUGUUGAAAUGAGUGAUGGAAGUAGCAGUAGCAGUGGUAGCGAGGGCGAUGAUGCUGACGAGUAGAUAUGUAACUUGGAUUGUGGGUCGCACUGUAUUUUUAUUCAUAGCCCGUCACUCGGCCUUAAUGUAGCUAGUGGAUGGGACCUAAGAGAGGGCAAGCUAUAUUCUAACAUGCAUCGUUAGGACAGGGCGGUUUAAUUACAUUAGGAAAUCACAACUAUA